UCGUCCGUUGUAAACUGUCUCCGAACCAGACUGAGCGAUUGUUUUUGUAGAGAAGGGAAGUCGCCGGAGUUGUGCCUGCCGUUGCCAGUUGUGCGAGCUAGCAUGUAGUGAGUCUGUAGCUUUUUUUGCAUUUGCAAUAUGAAGAAUGGACGAAGACGACGUUACUAUCAGAGAGCAGAAUUUCCACAGCCAAGUUCGAGAGUACAUCAUUUGCUUCCUCCUGUUUGCAGUCCUAUACAUUGUCUCCUACUUCAUCAUAACCAGAUACAAGAGGAAGAGUGAUGACCAUGAAGAUGAAGAUGCUGUUGUCAACAGAAUAUCAUUGUACUUGUGCACCUUCACCCUGGCAGUGUCAGGUGGUGCCGUCUUCCUACUGCCUUUCUCAAUCAUUAGUAACGAGAUCCUCCUCUCCUUCCCCAAAAACUAUUACAUUCAGUGGCUCAAUGGCUCCCUCAUUCACGGUCUGUGGAACCUGGUGUCACUGUUCUCCAACCUUUGUCUCUUUGUCCUGAUGCCCUUUGCCUAUUUCUUCUUGGAGUCUGAGGGAUUUGCAGGAUCGAAAAAGGGCAUUAAGGCACGUAUUCUAGAGACCUUUGUGAUGCUCUUCCUGCUGGCAUUGCUCAUCCUGGGCAUUGUGUGGGUCGCAUCAGCGCUCAUUGACAAUGAUGCAGCUAGCAUGGAAUCACUCUAUGAUCUUUGGGAAUUUUACCUGCCAUACCUCUACUCCUGUAUAUCUCUGAUGGGAGGACUGCUUUUACUCAUGUGUACUCCUGUGGGAUUGUCAAGGAUGUUCACGGUCAUGGGCCAGUUACUAGUAAAGCCAACAAUCCUGGAGGACCUGGAUGAGCAGAUUUACUGCAUCCAUUUGCAGGAGGAAGCCCUUCAGAGGAGAUUAAACGGAUCAUCCACUCAUGCUUAUACUCGAGGGAGCGUUACUCAUCAGCUCAACAAAGAACUGGACAAUGUCAGGAAUCAGAGAAAUAAAUUGGAGAGAAGAAAGAAAGCAUCAGGUUGGGAGAAGAACUUGCUGUAUCCCAUAGUGAUGCUGAUCCUGCUCACAGGAACGACAAUCUCAGUUCUUAUGGUGGCAUUGAAUAUCCUCUACCUUCUAGUGGAUGAGACUGCCAUGCCCAAGGGAUCCACAGACCGAGGAAUUGGGAACACCUCCCUGUCCACAUUUGGCGUGGCUCAGGCGGCGCUGGAGAUCAUCCUCAUGUUCUACUUGAUGGUGUCGUCUGUCGUUGGCUUCUACAGCCUGCGAGGCUUUAAGGUUCUCACUCCCAGGAAGGAUGACACAACCAUGACAACGAUCAUUGGUUGCUGCGUAUCCAUCUUGGUCCUGAGUUCUGCCUUGCCAGUGAUGUCCAGAACUCUGGGUAUCACCAGGUUUGAUCUCUUGGGAGACUUCGGGCGGUUUAAUUGGCUGGGAAACUUUUACAUUGUCCUUUCAUACAACCUGCUGUUUGCGGUUGUGACAACGCUCUGUCUUGUGCGAAAAUUCACCUCAGCGGUCCGGGAAGAGCUUCUGAAGGCCUUGGGUCUGGAUAAAUUGCAACUGUCAAACAGCCCCACAGACCCUGAAUCUGGGAAGCUCUCGGCCAACGGGCAUCAGAAAACUCUGUGAAAAGGACGAUGGAUCAACACACAUGCACACACACACCCACACACACACACACCUUAGCACAGCCAAAGGGAGAUUUCGACAGUGCUGCCUGACUGCUGAAAGGUGAAAGGGAUUGGAAGGAACUUAAUAAACCCAGGCAGUGUCUGACGGAUGCUGCAAAUGGAGGCUGAGAGCAAUUUAGCUUCGUGACAUUCCAUCCUCUGCGUCUCAGAUGGAAGCUGGGACAGAGCCAGGGAUGAGACUGAGGAGUGAAAUAGACUGGCAUCACUGCAGUGACCUUGACGUUGACCUCAACUGCGACUGUGACUUUAAAACCACACAUCUCUUGCUUCAGGGGUACUCUUCCUUCUCCCCCCUAGCAUCGCUCUUGUUGUCCCUCUACAACCACUGCACUAGACAAGAGCAGGUGAAACACUGCACCUUCUGUCUUUUCUCAAAGUCUUAGUAAGUCUAACUAAAAGGCAGUGGGUUCUCUUCCAUCACUCUGCUCCUCCUCUGUACUCAGUAUAGUAAAUAGACCCCCACAAUCCUGUUAGAUUCAUUUUUAAUGUCAGUAUGUCUGCGGUAAAUGGUGUUGGUGAUGAAGCAUUUGCAGUUUACAGUCUCUUAACAUUGGUCUUUGAGCGUUAUGUGGACUGAUACAGGCAUGAUAAGGUGUCCAUUUGUCAUUUUUGAUUUAAGCUCAAAAUGUGAAAAUAUUGUGAAGCAUUAAAGAAAGUCAUUCAUUCACACUGAUCACAACCAGAACAUGAACCUGCACGGCAAUACAAUCACAUUAUAUGCAUCGGCACCUCAGAUUUUAACACUCCUGCUGUCAUUUGUUAUUUUUACUUUGCUUUAAAGAAGUGUGCUUUAACUUAUCGAUGAUGUCAGUAGUUUGUAUGAAGUAGGUUAAGAACUUUUUUUAGGUGCUCUAGAUUAGACUUGAGCUAUUCUACAAAUGGGAAUCUAUAUAGGAGCUUUAUCUGCUUCAGCUCUAUCGAGAAGAGUGCUUUACUGAAUCUGGAGCUGAAACUUUUAUUAUGCACAUGGUCAGAAAAUGUUUUUGCUCAUCCCAAAAAAAAUCUUUAAAUUCACUGGGCACAGAAAGAUUUGUCAGUUUCUUUUGUCAUUUUUGUAAAUGUUGUAUUUACAUGUACAUAUUCUAUUGUGUUUCAUAACUCUUUUUGCAUUGUUUGGAUGUAAAUACUGGGCUCUCAUCUAACCCACAGAGGGUCUGACUCACUUAGCAAUCUGUAUUUUGUUGUACAUACUUUUUUAAUAAACGCCUACAUCUAAUGCAAACCUGUACCAGUCUUCACAAACAGAAUGCUUGAGUGGAAAAAGAUGUGCAGCCAGUAGAAGGAAAAACUUAGUGACUCAGGCCCCAUUUACAUGUUGUUGUAUUGCUGCAUAAUCUUCUGAACUGUGAUGUUCUUUGUCUCCAGAACCACCUUAAUGCCUUAUACGACAAGCGUCUCGCAGGCUUAGUGUUAAGGUUGUUUCUUGUUCUGUGCUGUUUGUUGAUGUGCAUGCACACACGUGUACAUGCACAUUGUUUGUCCGUAGACAGUUCCACUGUGACCCCCUGUACGCCACCGAGUUUUUAGUCUAAAGCCAGCUAGAUAUAACAUACACAUUGCUUCUGCUAUGAAUGUCGUCACGGUAGCUCUUAAUUAGCGAGAGGCUCCAUUUUGACAUUACCCAUGAAACUUGAGCACUUGUUAAGAUGGGGUUGAUUGAUUGGUCGAAUGGUGUUGUUUUUACGAUGUUAUAGAUGUCAUGUGUAUCCAUGAUGAUGACAAAAGAAACGGAAGAAUGGUCAUUUUGAUUUAUAUAUGCAUUUAAAGCUUUUAUUUCUUAGGACAGGGAAUGUUUUACAUCAAAGCUGUCUGCCAUUGGUUGUUGCUACAUUACAAAGACUGGAUCUGAAGAACAUUUUUUACAACUCUCAAUCACAAAUGUUGACGCCACCGCUCAAAUUAGCAAAUUGGGCCUGAGAAUGUUUUGUGAAGAAUGAACUACAUGUAUACAGUUGUUAGCGCCCUGAACCCAAAAUAUAACCAUGUUUCUGAUUGUGCAUACUUUACUGGCGAGAAACAUUUGGUAGCUUUUCAGGUACAUUAGGUACCAUUUAACAUGUUUUUACAGCUAUCUUAUUGACCAUGCUGAUCAUUGAAUACUGUGAAAAAUCUAAAAUAGUCCAAAGUGAAAGGGAUGAUACUGUAUAUCAGCAAAAUAGAAUUUUAACCGCUGGGUGAAUUAGUGACAAUAAAAAUAAAUCUAUGACUUGAUCUGGAUGGACGACUUUAUCCAAAAUGGCUCCAGGUGGAUUUGUUUUAGCAGCUCCAUCACAGACUGGUAACACUGGGCUCUGUGAUACUUUGGAGGGAAGUGUUGAACCCAUAAGAAAACAAUCAUACAGCUCGCAGGGCCAUUUUCUAUUCAAGCAAGCUUUUCUGGUUGCCUUUACAGUACAUCUCUGUGUUGUGUGGGGGUUUCAAAAGUUGAGAGUUGGCUUGUACUGUAAGUGAAGCAGCUUUUUUUUCUGUCUGUGUCAGUCGGUCUCUGCAUGUAAUUUUUGGUACAUGUUUCGUGAAUGUAUUUUUUACGAUUUCUCAGUUUGCUAAAUGUAUGUUUUGUUAUUUUGAUGUUUGUGUGUUUGCAAAUAAAAGUAGAAAAAUG